AUGACAAUAAUGUCAACAAUAAUAUUAGAAAAUUUUCAAGAUCAAUCAAAUUUAGCAAUAGUUCAUAAAAUUUUGACAAAAUUAUUUUUUAUAUUUCCACAUUAUUUUCUCGGACGAGUUCCGCAUUAUUUUCACAUAUCACCAUUUCAAUUUGAUAUCGUUGGUCGAAAAGUAAUGUGUUUAUCUAUUGAAGGUUUUGUCUUUUUUAUAUUUGCAAUACUUGUUCACUAUCGAUUUUUUUUUCUUGAUCGUGGUAGUAUUCGUAUACCAAAAGAUUUAAUAUCACCAAAUGAAGAUGAUGAUUUAGCUACAGAACGACGAAGAAUUUAUUUGGAUCAUGAUAAUAUAAGUGGUAAUACUUUACAUUUAUGGAUGGAGAUUUGGAAAAAAAUUAUAGCUGUUAACCAAGGUGAAUGUUUUGGUUUAUUAGGUAUUAAUGGUUCAGGAAAAUCAACAUCAUUUAAAAUUGUUAUUCAACAAUUAGAUGCUGUUCAUCCAAAUUUAGGUUAUUGUUCACAGUUUGAUGUACUUGAUUCUUUAUUAACAGCACGCGAACAUCUUUAUCUUCAUGCUUGUUUACGUGGAAUUAAAAGAAAAGGAAUAUUUCAUUUGUAA